UCCUUAGAACAAACAUUCGGUUUAACAACAUUAAAUCGGAUUCAGUAGUGAUCGGAGUCAAUUGAAUCGAGCGAAGAUGACGGAGGCGAUGAUAAGGAAGAAGCCAGGGAUGGCGAGUGUGAAGGAUAUGCCGCUGCUCCAGGAUGGUCCGCCACCGGGUGGGUUUGCACCGGUCCGAUAUGCUCGCCGGAUAUCCAAUACGGGUCCUAGCGCCAUGGCCAUUUUCCUAACCGUUUCGGGUGCAUUUGCUUGGGGAAUGUAUCAGGUCGGCCAGGGUAACAAAAUCCGCAGGGCGUUGAAGGAAGAGAAGUAUGCUGCUCGUAGAGCUAUACUUCCCAUUCUUCAAGCUGAAGAAGAUGAAAGGUUUGUGUCUGAGUGGAAAAAGUAUUUAGACUACGAGGCUGAUGUAAUGAAGGAUGUUCCGGGAUGGAAAGUUGGCGAGAACGUUUACAAUUCUGGUCGUUGGAUGCCACCGGCUACUGGUGAACUCCGUCCUGAUGUUUGGUGAUAUACUAGUUUCUCACAAAUGCAUACGAUGAUGAUGAAUGAAUGUUUCAGUGAGGAUUAAUAUGUUCUUGUUUUAUCUUUUUCACUCGUUAAUAAGAAAAAGAAUGAUUCAACAUACAGUUGUUCUUGUAUUGUUUUACUGGAACAUUUUGUGUGUUUUGUGUAAUUGUUUCAAUGGUCAAGAAUACUUUCAUCCCA